ACAGGAAUUCGGGAACGCGCCUCCCAUCUGCGGCGCGCUCCCGGCUGAUUUUCACAGAAUGGAGCUGGAAGGAAUCAGUGUCAGAGUUGUUACGAAGCUAAGAAGUCGGCAACGCCGGUGAAAACCGUUCAAUUCUGAAGACCGAACAACUGAAAUCACAGUAUUGCAUGUGCCGAUCAAUUGUAGCCGUUUUCCCGUUGCAUACAGAGGAAAACAUUCUGGAUUUGUGAUAGUGAUUUUAACCAUCAGGGGAUUUCCUGACAGACUGAGGGCAGUGAGCUUGGCUGCCCAGCUAUACUACACCAAAGAUGGAGCAGCUGUCAGAUGAGGAACAGGACCACACAGAUGGAGGAGAGGAGGACAGUGAUAAAGAUGAUCAGGAUCUAGACAAGAUGUUUGGAGCCUGGCUGGGAGAGCUGGAUAAACUCACACAGAGUCUGGAUGAUGGGAGGCCAGAGACAGUCCAGAAGGCCCCUCAGAAGGCCCCUCUCAGACAGGAGACCAACAUGGCUAACUUCUGCAACCGCUUCUCCAUGUACAACAUCAACGAGGCUUUGAACAAGGGUGGAGACAGUGUAGACCUGGAUUCCCUGAUGGCAGACCUGUGUUCCAUAGAGCAGGAGCUGAGCACCAAGCCCAAUAGUGGCAAGAACAGGCUGGGUGUGCCAGGUGAUGCUAAGCUGCGCCAGAAACCCCCUGCUGGCCGCAGCAGCACCAAGGGGCAUGGUGGAGCGGGGGGCAGUGGAGGAGGAACCUCCAGCAGUGGGGGCAGUGCCUCCAGCAGUACCCGGGCCUCGCCAGCCUCCACGGUGGCAGCUCGCCGUCCCUUGGUCUCCAACCUGUCCCUGGAUGAUAUCACGUCCCGGCUGGAGCAGAAGUCUCUCAGUAUGGACGAGGCUGGCAGACAGAGCUCCCACUCCUUGGCUAGUGGCUCCACCUCUUCCUCCUCCACCAUGCGGAGGCCCGCCUCCCAUCACCACAGCCACCGCAGGACAGGCUCCGUGGGGACGGUCAGCGAACACGCGGUCCGCUCCAUCUCCCAGUCCUCCUGGUCGUCGGUGAACUCUGCAUCGGCCAGCAGCGUGGAUUCUCUGGAUAUCCAGCCCUCGGAGCAGGACGGGGCAACACCCACACCACAGGGGUCCAAUCAGGGCCCCCCGGGCAGUACAGAGCACUCCUAUCUGGACUGGGAAACAUCCCUGAUUCUGCAAAAUAUAGCAGGGAAGCCCUCUCACUUGCUGACCAAGGAGGAGCAGGUUGCCAAGAAGAAGGCAGAGAAGAUCCGCGUGGCUUUGGAGAAGAUCAAGGAGGCCCAGGUUAAAAAGCUGGUGAUCAGAGUCCACCUGUCAGAUGAGAGCUCUAAAACCAUGAUGGUGGACGAGAGACAGACUGUCAGACAGGUUCUGGACAGCUUGUUGGACAAGUCCCACUGUGGCUACAGUCCUGACUGGUCCCUGGUCGAGACCAUCAACGAACUGCAGAUGGAGCGUAUCUUUGAGGACCACGAGAACCUGGUGGACAGCCUUCUGAACUGGACCAGAGACAGUCAGAACAGACUGAUGUUCAUAGAACGCAUGGAGAAGUACGCCCUCUUCAAGAACCCGCAGAACUAUUUGUUGGGGCGGAAGGAGACGUGUGAGAUGGCAGACCGGAACAAGGAGGCACUACUGGAGGAGUGUUUUUGUGGCAGCUCCGUCUCUGUACCUGAGAUGGAGGGAGUACUCUGGCUGAAGGAGGAUGGGAAGAAGAGCUGGAAGAAGAGAUACUUCCUGCUCAGAGCCUCUGGGAUCUACUAUGUACCUAAAGGAAAAGCCAAGGCUUCCAGAGAUCUGGUGUGUUUCCUGCAGCUGGAUCAUGUUAAUGUGUACUAUGGACAGGACUACCGCAGCAAGUACAAGGCCCCCACAGACUACUGCCUGGCCCUCAAGCAUCCUCAGAUCCAGAAGAAAUCCCAGUACAUCAAGUACCUGUGCUGUGAUGAUGUCAGAACGCUACACCAGUGGAUCAAUGGGAUACGCAUCGCCAAGUACGGGAAGACCCUGUAUGUGAACUACCAGGAGGCUAUGAAGAGGACUGAGGCAGCCUACGACUGGUCCUCUCUCUCUAGCUCCUCUAUCAAGUCUGGAUCCAGCUCCUCCAGCCUGCCUGAGUCCCAGUCGACCCACUGCAGUAGUGAUAGUGGUGUUGCUGUGUCAGAGAACAACCUGUCAGGCCACAGCCGCUCUCAGAGCCAGGUCAGCUCUAUCUUCUCCGAGGCCUGGAAGAGAGGCACCCAGGAUGAGUUGAGGAUGGAGUCAGUGAGCAGACCCUACCCUCUGACGCUGCCCCCCAUGCACCAGUCAGCCCCCCCAUCCCGAACCAGCUACACCAGUGUCUCCCCCGAAUCCUCGCCCUCUCCCCCCGACCCUCCCCCUCCUCCUCCGCCUCCCCCUCUCCCCAACCCCCCUCACCAGGCUGCCCCCACCCUGUUCGUUAAGUACAGCACCAUCGCCCGCCUGCAGGGUGGCGCCAACCAGACUGCCAAUCAUUACAAUGUCCAACCAAUGGGGCAGCAGCAAGGCCCUCCACCCCCUCCCCUCCAGUCUGUCAAACCCAACUACAACACCAUGCCAUUGGCUCCCACUCUCUACAACCCUCCUCCCCCCUGCUCCAUGCCUUCUCCAGGCUCUGCCAUGGCCUCUCUGAGGCUUGGCCCCCCCAGCCCUGUUCCUCAGUUCAUCCCCCCUCCUCCCCCCCAGGCCCAAACCCCGCCGCCCCCAGAGGAGGACCACCAGUGCCCCCCUCUCAGUAACACCGGGUUGCAGCAGUUUCUGGCCCAAAAGUUCCCCAGUAUGAACUACAACUUCUCCGACCUGGAUGGCCAACCUGAGUCCCCUCCUCCCCCUCCUGCCCUCUCCCCACCCAUGUCACCCCCUGCACCUCCCAGAACCUUCUCUGGUGUCUUCCCACCUCAGACGGCUCCUAAGACCUUUGGUCCAGGGAUCCCCCUGUCCCCAGUCUCACCCUCCCCUCCUUCUGGUCCAAUGAAAAAGCAGCAGAGCUUCUCGACGGGCCAUUCGCCCAAUCAGCCGCCUCCCACCAUGCCCAAACAGCACAGCUUCUCCUCUAAGACCCUCCCUCUGUCCGCCCCAAUCUCCCCGACCCCCUCCCUGGUCAAACAGAUAGUCAACCAGUUCCCAGGAGCCCCCCUGCCCCCACAGUCCCCCCCGGCCGUCAAGGCCAAACCAAGAUGGCAGCCAGGGGGUCAGAUCGCCCCCCAGUCCCCAGAGUUCCCCCCUCCUCCCCCUGAGGACAGCCUGGACUUCCCCCCUCCUCCCCACUCCGCCCCCACCCCCGCUCCUCCCCCUCUCUCCCCUGCCAAGAUGGGCUCUCCUAUUAAAAAGUCUCCCUCCUCCUCCUCCACCGGCUCCUUCGGGAAGAGGGGGCCUCCUCCCACCCCGCAGCGCGCCUCCUCCAUCAAGUCUAACUCAGGGGAGUACCAGGAAGAGGCCCAGAGGCAGCCUAAGAAGGUGGAGUCUCUGGUCAGUAAGUUUGCCCAGCCUGGACUCGGCUCCUGCAACUCCUCUGGAUCUCCUGCUAAGGACUUGGGGCCUCCUGCUCCUCCUAAACCAGGCAAGCUGAACCUGUCAGCCCUCCCUCUAGCCCUCCAUGGUCUGCAGACAGGGCAGCACCGCCAGCCCAGUGGAGACUUCCCCUCUCCUCCUUCAGAGCUCGAUUACUUCCCCCCUCCUCCUCCUGACUCUGAGCUGCUCCCACCGCUCCCCCUCCCCGCUGAGCUCCACCCGGGGGCCCCCAGGGUCGCAGUCGUCAACCCCCAGCCGCAGUCCACGCCCAUCGCCCACCCCGUCAGCCAAUCAUCAUGGAAGACCCAGUCUCUGAAGAAGACUCCGCCUCCGACACUGCACAGGCUGUCCCGGAGCCACACGGUCCAGGACCCCUUACCCUUGUCCCCCCCGCCCUUCAGCUGCCCCCUUCCCCCCACCCUUCCUGGGGGGCCUAAGGGUGGUACCCUCUCCUCGGUCCAACCCAACUUCCUGGAGGACCUGAACCGGACCUUGAAGAGGAAAUCCAUCACGCGUCACGGCUCCCUCACGCGUCACGGCUCCUCCCGGCUGGAGCCCGUCUCCAUGGACGACAUGGCCCUCCCCCCUCCUCCCCCAGAGCUGCUGCUGGACCAGCAGAGGGGUGGGCAGGGCGGGAGCCACGGGUACAUGUCCUCAGGCUAUGCAACGUUACGGCGGGGGCCGCGCCCUGCCCCGCCCAAACGGGACCAAAGCACCAAACUGACGGGAGAGUGGUAGCUAGGAGGUAGCAGAUAGUGGUGGUAGCAGGGGGUGGAUAGUGGUGAUAGCUAGGGGGAAGAGGAGGACUAGGGCUGACCUACCCAUGCUAUAGACCCAUCAAGACUACAGACUACAGACUGACUACAGACUAUAGACCCAUCAAGACUACAGACUACAGACUGACUACAGGCUACAGACUGACUAAAGCCUAUAGACCCAUCAAGACUACAGACUACAGACUGACUAAAGCCUAUAGACCCAUCAAGACUACAGACUACAGACUGACUACAGGCUAUAGACCCAUCAAGACUACAGACUACAGACUGACUACAGACUGACUACAGACUGACUACAGACUAUAGACCCAUCAAGACUACAGACUACAGACUGACUACAGACUACAGACCCAUCAAGACUACAGACUGACUACAGCCAAUAGACCCAUCAAGACUACAGACUACAGACUGACUAAAGCCUAUAGACCCAUCAAGACUACAGACUGACUACAGCCAAUAGACCCAUCAAGACUACAGACUACAGACUGACUACAGACUAUAGACCCAUCAAGACUACAGACUGACUACAGACUGACUACAGCCAAUAGACCCAUCAAGACUACAGACUACAGACUGACUACAGACUAUAGACCCAUCAAGACUACAGACUGACUACAGACUAUAGACCCAUCAAGACUACAGACUACAGACUGACUACAGACUAUAGACCCAUCAAGACUACAGACUGACUACAGACUACAGACUGACUACAGACUAUAGACCCAUCAAGACUACAGACUGACUACAGACUACAGACUGACUACAGCCAAUAGACCCAUCAAGACUACAGACUAUAGACUGACUACAGACUAUAGACCCAUCAAGACUACAGACUGACUACAGACUGACUACAGACUACAGACUGACUACAGACUAUAGACCCAUCAAGACUACAGGCUACAGAUUGACUACAGCCAAUAGACCCAUCAAGACUACAGGCUACAGACUGACUACAGCCAAUAGACCCAUCAAGACUACAGACUACAGACUGACUACAGGCUAUAGACCCAUCAAGACUACAGACUACAGACUGACUACAGACUACAGACUGACUACAGACUACAGACCCAUCAAGACUACAGACUGACUACAGCCAAUAGACCCAUCAAGACUACAGACUACAGACUGACUACAGACUAUAGACCCAUCAAGACUACAGACUACAGACUGACUACAGACUAUAGACCCAUCAAGACUACAGACUGACUACAGCCAAUAGACCCAUCAAGACUACAGACUACAGACUGACUACAGACUAUAGACCCAUCAAGACUACAGACUGACUACAGCCAAUAGACCCAUCAAGACUACAGACUAUAGACUGACUACAGCCAAUAGACCCAUCAAGACUACAGACUACAGACUGACUACAGACUAUAGACCCAUCAAGACUACAGACUGACUACAGCCAAUAGACCCAUCAAGACUACAGACUACAGACUGACUACAGACUACAGACUGACUACAGCCAAUAGACCCAUCAAGACUACAGACUACAGACUGACUACAGACUAUAGACCCAUCAAGACUACAGACUGACUACAGGCUAUAGACCCAUCAAGACUACAGACUGACUACAGACUACAGACUGACUACAGGCUAUAGACCCAUCAAGACUACAGACUACAGACUGACUACAGGCUAUAGACCCAUCAAGACUACAGACUGACUACAGCCAAUAGACCCAUCAAGACUACAGACUACAGACUGACUACAGACUAUAGACCCAUCAAGACUACAGACUGACUACAGCCAAUAGACCCAUCAAGACUACAGACUACAGACUGACUACAGACUAUAGACUGACUACAGCCAAUAGACCCAUCAAGACUACAGACUACAGACUGACUACAGACUAUAGACCCAUCAAGACUACAGACUGACUGCAGCCAAUAGACCCAUCAAGACUACAGACUACAGACUGACUACAGACUACAGACUGACUACAGCCAAUAGACCCAUCAAGACUACAGACUACAGACUGACUACAGACUAUAGACCCAUCAAGACUACAGACUGACUACAGCCAAUAGACCCAUCAAGACUACAGACUACAGACUGACUACAGACUACAGACUGACUACAGCCAAUAGACCCAUCAAGACUACAGACUACAGACUGACUACAGCCAAUAGACCCAUCAAGACUACAGACUGACUACAGGCUAUAGACCCAUCAAGACUACAGACUGACUACAGACUACAGACUGACUACAGACUACAGACUGACUACAGACUAUAGACUGACUACAGCCAAUAGACCCAUCAAGACUACAGACUGACUACAGACUAUAGACCCAUCAAGACUACAGACUGACUACAGACUAUAGACUACAGACUACAGACUGACUACAGACUAUAGACUACAGACUACAGACUGACUACAGACUAUAGACCCAUCAAGGCUACAGACUGACUACAGGCUAUAGACCCAUCAAGACUACAGACUACAGACUGACUACAGACUACAGACUGACUACAGACUACAGACUGACUACAGACUACAGACUGACUACAGACUAUAGACCCAUCAAGACUACAGACUGACUACAGGCUAUAGACUACAGACUACAGACUGACUACAGACUAUAGACCCAUCAAGACUACAGACUGACUACAGGCUAUAGACCCAUCAAGACUACAGACUAUAGACUGACUACAGGCUAUAGACCCAUCAAGACUACAGACUGACUACAGGCUAUAGACCCAUCAAGGCUACAGACUGACUACAGACUACAGACUGACUACAGACUACAGACUGACUACAGACUACAGACCCAUCAAGACUACAGACGAUAUGGAACCCACAGGCCUCUCUCCCCCACGCCACGGUCGUAUUCACGAGACACCAAACGGAAGAAAAAGGACCGAAACAGUGACUGAGGGACUUACCUGAACUUGUCCAAUAAGAAAAUAUUUUUUUUUGUUGCAAAAACGUUUCAUUACGGUGAACACUAAUGAAUACAACCCUGAACUCAGCCUGUCUCCUCUCCUCUCCUCUCAUGCCACACAGACAGGACUGAACCAGAAGAAGAAUCUUGUUCCUUGUAAUCCCAGAUUGUUAUUCCUUACUCUGUCUACAUUAUUAUAACUGUAAAGAGAGCAAGCCAAUCCACCUAUCGAGCUUUUCCACAUGUUUGUGUCGCUUUGCAUUGAAAUCUAACAAGAAUUUAGCUGCAAUAUAAACAGGUACUGUUUUGGGGGUUUGGGAGGGACUUCAUAUGGGGAGGGGAGGGGGGGGGGGGGUAACUUUACUGUUUUUUCUAUCAGAUGAUUUAAUACCUGGAAGAUAUUAUUAUUUUAAAGUUCUGUUUUAAAAAGCGUAGUGAGUGGAUAUGAACUGCGAGUAGUGGAGACCAUGGCUCUGGGCCAGGGUGUUACGUGCGUCAGGGUCAGCUUCAGCCAAGUCACAUGUAAUGCCCUGGUCCAGAGCUAGUGGAGAGACAGACAGGUGUGUACAGGAGCAGUAUAUAGGGAGGAUCCUUGGUGUAGCUGGAUAUGGGACAGACAGCCACUAGUGUAGUUGGAUAUGGGACAGACAGACAGACACUAGUGUAGUUGGAUAUGGGACAGACACUAGUGUAGUUGGAUAUGGGACAGACACUAGUGUAGUUGGAUAUGGGACAGACACUAGUGUAGUUGGAUAUGGGACAGACAGACAGACACUAGUGUAGUUGGAUAUGGGACAGACACUAGUGUAGUUGGAUAUGGGACAGACACUAGUGUAGUUGGAUAUGGGACAGACACUAGUGUAGUUGGAUAUGGGACAGACACUAGUGUAGUUGGAUAUGGGACAGACACUAGUGUAGUUGGAUAUGGGACAGACACUAGUGUAGUUGGAUAUGGGACAGACAAACAGACACUAGUGUAGUUGGAUAUGGGACAGACAAACAGACACUAGUGUAGUUGGAUAUGGGACAGACAAACAGACACUAGUGUAGUUGGAUAUGGGACAGACAAACAGACACUAGUGUAGUUGGAUAUGGGACAGACAAACAGACACUAGUGUAGUUGGAUAUGGGACAGACACUCGUGUAGUUGGAUAUGGGACAGACACCAGGCUAACACCCCCCCCCCCCCCAUGUGGUUGUGUCUGAAAUGGCCGCCUAUUCCCUUUCGUAGUGCAGAGGGCCUAUAGGGCUCUGGUCAAAAGUAGUGCACUAUAUUGGGAAUAGCUUUCUGUUUCAGACACAGCCUGUUUCUGUCCAUCUGUCUGUCUGUAGAGUAUGCAGACACAUUGUGUUAAUUCUAUUACAGAUGUUUUGCAAAAAGGUUAAAAGUCCCUGUACAACUGUUAGAUUGAUUGGCUUAUGUUUUAAUGAUCCUCUCAGAUGGUCAUGGCUUUGAUUGGACAAGAUUAAACGGUGCACAAUGAAGGUCAAGCUCUACGAUUGGCUGUUAUGUUGAUGGGGGCGGGUCUAACCUGCUCUGUCUCUUUUGGCCACAUUAGCUGUCCGUCUGUCUGUAUAUACAGCUCCUGUCUCUAAAGGGCCUCCUUUGGCCCUGCAGACAGACAGACAAAGGAAGUACACUAAACUACAGGAAGUGCUAGGACAGCCAGGUCACAUGACAGAAAAGAUUCUAGAAUGAAGUGAAUGUUCUAGAAGCAUCUCUAGACCAGACCAGAUAGCCAUGUAGCUCCUGACUGGGACGUACGGAAAGCCGUUUGGGUCACAGUGUGUCAAAAACAAAAAUACACUUUUAAUUUGACACGUCAAAUGACACAGUUCCAUUAAAAAUGUUGUAUGCGCAAGACAAGCUCACUAGUCUUGACGUUUUUCUUGCGCAGCUCGGUAGGUCGAUGUCCUUAUUGAGGUUUUUUUUACAGACGUGUUUAAUACGUUUUAUGUUAACACUUUAUUCAAAUAUUUAUGAAAUGCAUAUUGUUAUAUUUGGUAGCACUUUUUAAUUUUUCUUCCCCUCGACUCCAACCCCUUUGGAUGCGUGGGACGAAUGGGCUAGGUGUACACAAGGGUGCAAUUUUUUUUAUUACUCACAAAAGCUCUGACGAAGGCCGAUACGUCAAGCUUAUUAAAGAGCAGUGUACAGGUUUCUUCUUUUCUCUCAUGUGUAAGACAAACCUCGCCACUAUGGUCAGUCAGCACUGUUGAAGCUAUAAAAAAAUACAUUUAAAAAAAAGACUGCAAACAAGCACAGACUCCGGCCAAGGUGUGUUUAAAACAGCAUUGGUAAAUAAUCCAUUAUUUGUUUGACCAAAUGUUAAAACAUCUGAAUUAAGAUCGGGAUCAAACAUGUUAGCUAUGUAGUACAAUAUUCUCCCAUGUAACCAUUCCAGAGCCAAGGGAGAAAGGAUGCUGCUGCCAGCCAGCCAGCCAGCCAGCCAGCCAGCCAGCCAGCCAUAUCCCAAGCAGUCACACCUGAUUCAUCCUAGCUAGUCAAUAUACUGAAUAAUCAAGCGUUUUGUCAACAUUGAUGACAGUUUUGGAUUUUUGGAACUUCACUUGAUAAAAUAACUAGUUCGCUAGCAGGAUAACAAACUAAACAAGCUAGCCAGCUAGUACCUAGCCCACAAGCUAACGUUAUAGUUAAGCAGCUAGCUAGCUUUAUCUGGCUAGUGUGGCUUGACCGGACCGGGGUCCGACCAAAAUACGUCUUAGGGGUAUUUUAGAUGAUAAGAUGGAUAGUAAGUUAGCUAACCAUAGCUACUGAAACAAAUGAUGUUGUUUUACUAUGUUUUGGGGGGGGGGGGGGAAACAUCCAUCAAUCAGCUAGCUUUGUUUCUGACCAGUACUUUCCCAGAGCGAACUAACUAGGUCUGCUUCACGUGGCAGGUCUGCUUCACGUGGCAGGUCUGCUUCACGUGGCAGGUCUGCUUCACGUGGCAGGUCUGCUUCACGUGGCAGGUCUGCUUCACGUGGCAGGUCUGCUUCACGUGGCAGGUCUGCUUCACGUGGCAGGUCUGCUUCACGUGGCAGGUCUGCGAGACAACACUUUACCAGCAUCAUGACAUAUGUAUCGGUGAAUAUAUCGCUGUGACAUGCAAUAGAGUGGUAGGGUAAUUAACCUUUCUGGUACCAGUGGACGGUAGCGUCCCACCUCGACAACAGCCAGUGAAAUUGCAGGACGCCAAAUUCAAAACAACAGAAAUCCCAGAAUUAAAAUUCCUCAAACAUACAAGUAUUUUCCACCAUUUUAAAGAUACAUUUCUUGUAAAUCCAACCACAGUGUCCGAUUUUCAAAAAGGCUUUACUGUGAAAGCACACCAUGCGAUUAUGUUAGGUCAGCAGAAAGCCAUACAGCCAUUUUUCCAGCCAAAGAGAGGAGUCACAAAAAGCAGAAAUAGAGAUCAAAUUAAUCACUUACCUUUGAUGAUCUUCAUCUGGUGGCACUCCCAGGUCUCCAUGUUAGACAAUAAAUGUUUGUUUUGUUCGAUAAUGUCCCUCUUUAUGUGCAAACACAUCCUUUUUGUUCGAUAAUGUCCCUCUUUAUGACCAAAACUUCCAUUUUGCGCGUUUUGUCCAGUAAUCCAGUAAUAAAAGGCGUGCAUUAAUUCCAAACAAAAAGUACAAAAAAAGUACACUAAAAGUUAGUAGAAAAAUGCCAAACGAUGUUUAAAAUCAAUCCUCAGGUUGUUUUUGUCAUAAAUAAUCAAUAAUAUUUCAACCGGACAAAAGCUUCGUCAAUAGGAAAGGAGAAACAAGAAAGGCACGUUCCCGAUCAGGCGCCUCGCUGAUGAAUGGAAAUUUCCACUGGCCGCUGAUUGAAAGUGCUGUAUCUCCCUCAUUUUUCAGAGUAAAAGCCUGAAACAAUGCCUAAAGACUGGCCACAUGUCCAGGAAGGCAAGGAGCUCGUGAACUGGGUCCUAAGUCUUUGUAUGGUGGAUAGGCUUUCAAUGGAAAAACAGCCUUUCAAAAUAAUAGUACUUCCUGGUUGGAUUUUCCUCGGGUUUUCGCCUGCUAUAUCAGUUCUGUUAUACUCACAGACAUUAUUUUAACAGUUUUGGAAACUUUAGAGUGUUUUCUAUCCAAAUCUACUGAUUAUAUGCAUAUCCUAUCUUCUGGGCCUGAGUAGCAGGCAGUUUAAUUUGUGCACGCUUUUCAUCCAAAAUUCCGAAUGUUGCCCCCUACCCUAGUGAAGUUAAUUUUUAUUAACUACUUUUUAAAAAUUAUGAACGUUCAAUUAUUAUGUGACUUGCAGUCAUAUUCAGGUCCCGAUUGGUCAACAAGUAGUGUUAUUUGACUUAUACUUCUUUUUUUUGACACGCGGUGACCCAAACGGCAUUCCAUUUGACACGCAAUGACCCAAACGGCAUUCCAUUUGACACGCAAUGACCCAAACGGCAUUCCAUUUGACACGCAAUGACCCAAACGGCAUUCCAUUUGACACGCAAUGACCCAAACGGCAUUCCAUUUGACACGCGGUGACCCAAACGGCAUUCCAUUUGACACGCGGUGACCCAAACGGCAUUCCAUUUGACACGCGGUGACCAAAACGGCAUUCCAUUUGACACGCGGUGACCCAAACGGCAUUCCAUUUGACACGCGGUGACCCAAACGGCAUUCCAUUUGACACGCGGUGACCCAAACGGCAUUCCAUUUGACACGCGGUGACCCAAACGGCAUUCCAUUUGACACGCGGUGACCCAAACGGCAUUCCAUUUGACACGCGGUGACCCAAACGGCAUUCCAUUUGACACGCGGUGACCCAAACGGCAUUCCAUUUGACACGCGGUGACCCAAACGGCAUUCCAUUUGACACGCGGUGACCCAAACGGCAUUCCAUUUGACACGCGGUGACCCAAACGGCAUUCCAUUUGACACGCGGUGACCCAAACGGCAUUCCAUUUGACACGCGGUGACCCAAACGGCAAUCCAUUUGACACGCGGUGACCCAAACGGCAUUCCAUUUGACACGCGGUGACCCAAACGGCAUUCCAUUUGACACGCGGUGACCCAAACGGCAUUCCAUUUGACACGCGGUGACCCAAACGGCAUUCCAUUUGACACGCGGUGACCCAAACGGCAUUCCAUUUGACACGCGGUGACCCAAACGGCAUUCCAUUUGACACGCGGUGACCCAAACGGCAUUCCAUUUGACACGCGGUGACCCAAACGGCAAUCCAUUUGACACGCGGUGACCCAAACGGCAUUCCAUUUGACACGCGGUGACCCAAACGGCAUUCCAUUUGACACGCGGUGACCCAAACGGCAUUCCAUUUGACACGCGGUGACCCAAACGGCAUUCCAUUUGACACGCGGUGACCCAAACGGCAUUCCAUUUGACACGCACAUUGUUGUUUCACACUAAUGCCUUCUCUUUUAAUGUCAUUAGGUCCCAAAUUGCACCCUAUUCCAUAUGUAGUGCACUGUUUUUGCACGGACCGCGGCCCAUAUGCCGAUGUGAGCGUCCUGUUCCAGGGGAUUGUUAUUGUACAUCAAGCUGCCUCGAUACAGAAACAAGAGAUUGGCUCCAGCUCCUAUGGCCCUUUCUGGCUCUGACCAGGUGGGAAUGGAAUAUCGUGUCCAGUGUUUCAUUUAUAAAUCGGGAGUUGCCGGAACAAAAAGUGAGCUCGAGAGGGGGGUGUGACCUGGGGUGUUCUGAGGUACUGAGAACAAAAAGUUACUCAAAAAAAGCAUUGCAUGCAGGUCACAUUUGUGUAGUGGCAUAGAGCAGAGGAACUUACAGAAGUUGCACACAUGGAAAAACAUUUUUAGUAGCCUUUGGGUGCAGGAACUGCCUCUUAUAAACGCAUUUCAUGCAAUUGUCAUUUUACCAGACUGGAGACUUUGGCAUAAUUUUUUUUGGAUGAUGCUUUCAAAAGAACUGAGAACUCGGAGCUGGCAAAUCUCCGACUUCCAACUUCAUUGUGUUCAAAACAACUGGGAAAUUGGGGGGAAAUGAGUUUUGAACGGUCAUCCGACUGGGGAACGGUCAUCCGACUGGGGAACGGUCAUCCGACUGGGGAACGGUCAUCCGACUGGGGAACGGUCAUCCGACUGGGGAACGGUCAUCCGACUGGGGAACUCUGACCUCUUUCUCGAGCUCUAACUUUCCGACCUGAAGAUCACUGACGUCAUGAUUCAAUCUAGUUUUGAUUCCAUCUAGUUAUGAUUCAAUCUAGUUAUGAUUCAAUCUAGUUAUGAUUCCAUCUAGCUAUGAUUCAAUCUUAGUUUUUUUCCCCCAGUGUUCCCAGUUGUUCUGAAACCACCAUAAUACCACACAGUGUUGUCUUGAAUCGACCAAUAGCCCCGGCCUAGGUGUGUGGAGACACAGUGUUGUCUUGAAUCCACCAAUAGCCCCGGCCUAGGUGUGGAGACACAGUGUUGUCUUGAAUCCACCAAUAGCCCCGGCCUAGGUGUGUGGAGACACAGUGUUGUCUUGAAUCCAUCAAUAGCUAGGUGUGUGGACACACAGUGUUGUCUUGAAUCCAUCAAUAGCUAGGUGUGUGGAGACACAGUGUUGUCUUGAAUCCAUCAAUAGCUAGGUGUGUGGACACACAGUGUUGUCUUGAAUCCAUCAAUAGCUAGGUGUGUGGAGACACAGUGUUGUCUUGAAUCCAUCAAUAGCUAGGUGUGUGGACACACAGUGUUGUCUUGAAUCCAUCAAUAGCUAGGUGUGUGGAGACACAGUGUUGUCUUGAAUCCAUCAAUAGCUAGGUGUGUGGAGACACAGUGUUGUCUUGAAUCCAUCAAUAGCUAGGUGUGUGGAGACACAGUGUUGUCUUGAAUCCAUCAAUAGCUAGGUGUGUGGACACACAGUGUUGUCUUGAAUCCAUCAAUAGCUAGGUGUGUGGAGACACAGUGUUGUCUUGAAUCCAUCAAUAGCUAGGUGUGUGGAGACACAGUGUUGUCUUGAAUCCAUCAAUAGCUAGGUGUGUGGAGACACAGUGUUGUCUUGAAUCCAUCAAUAGCUAGGUGUGUGGACACACAGUGUUGUCUUGAAUCCAUCAAUAGCUAGGUGUGUGGAGACACAGUGUUGUCUUGAAUCCAUCAAUAGCUAGGUGUGUGGACACACAGUGUUGUCUUGAAUCCAUCAAUAGCUAGGUGUGUGGACACACAGUGUUGUCUUGAAUCCAUCAAUAGCUAGGUGUGUGGACACACAGUGUUGGCUACAAUAUGAGGAAGAAAGUAUAGUCCUAAAAAUGCUUUCCUAUUUCACUGACUCAUCCCCCAUGAUGCACAGCUCACUGCUGAUUGAUCUGAUAUGUUGGUUGAUUAAAGCAGACUAGUCUUCUCUUUUCAGCAGGAGCCAUUUUCUUUCCAACCAGUGUUUUUCCACGGGCGUAGACUAUUUCAAAUAUUGCGAAAGGCCAGUUUUGUUCACUGAUAGAUUUGCGUUCCCGACUGUAGGCUAUGCCUUGUUAUUGGGCUACACGCUAGGGGUUCUUUUCCGUAUUCUUUUGGAACUGCACUGUUCGGGCUCGUAAGUAAAGCAUUUCACUGUAAGGUCUACACCUGUUGCAUUCGGCGCAUGUGACUAAUACAAUUUGAUUUGAUUUGGGGGCAACUCAAAUGAACUUUAAAAAUUAUUUUUCAUGCCACGAGAGGUACCGUAUCCGGCCAAAUAGGUGCCAGAACAAAAUCGUCCGGAUCCUGUUCUGGCAGAAUCUGGCUCAAAUGAAGCACUGAUUGGAUCCGUUGGGAACCGACUGGUUUUUACAUUCUCAGUAGUAAGAAGAGGCUGUAGCAUGAACUAAGACCACAUCUGGUGAUCUGUCUGUCUGUGUACCUGUCUGUCUGUGUGUUGUUUGGUUAAAACCAGGCAUGCCCAUUGGUUCAUCUAGUAAGUCAGUACCUAGAAAUUAUGUAUGCUGCACAAUGUGAACGUGUGUACUACAUCAUACACAACGUUGUGUAGAGUGGAAGGUGAACGUGUGUACUACAUCAUACACAACGUUGUGUAGAGUGGAAGGUGAACGUGUGUACUACAUCAUACACAACGUUGUGUAGAGUGGAAGGUGAACGUGUGUACUACAUCAUACACAACGGUGUGUAGAGUGGAAGGUGAACGUGUGUACUACAUCAUACACAACGGUGUGUAGAGUGGAAGGUAAACAUGUGUACUACAUCAUACACAACGUUGUGUAGAGUGGAAGGUAAACGUGUGUACUACAUAAUCAUACCGCUGCCUUUUACGUCUGUCAACAGGAAGUGACAUCAGCAGCAUUUAAACAGUUCUGUCCUUAAUUUCAGGUGAAGAACAACCUAAAUAUGAUUAACUGAAGGUCAAAGGAGCUCUAUAAAGGCAACAACAUUCGCUGCUGUAACGGGGAAAAUUAAAACCUAAAAUGCAUUUAAACUGAAUAAAAAUGUGCAAAUGAUACCUCUGCA